AUGAUAAUUGAUGAUAAAAUCCAAAAGAUCUUAACAUCAAAUGAUUUCUAAAGAAUAAGUGAUAAAUAAAAAUUAUCACGAUCAGAGUUCACUGAAUAAAGUAAUAAGAGCAAUGUUACAAAUGAAUUGAAACCUAAAAAGAGAAGAGUUGUAAAAUUGAAGAAUCAAUUAUUAUCUUCAAAUGUAAGUCCAGACAUUCAGAAACUAUAUUAUCAAUCCAAGAAAAUAGAUACAGAAUAAUAACAUACAGGAGAUAAGAUAAUGAUUGAAGAACAAAAACCUAUUAUAUUACCAUCUCUAUAAAAGAAGGAGUAAGUGAUAUCAGAACAAUCAUCCAAAACUAAUUUGAGUGAUCUUAUUAUGAAUAUCUAAGAGAUAUUCCCUCCUGAUCAUUAACUUUGGAGAGAUCUCUAAGUUGGUGAUUAAAGUAUUGAGGAUGUGAUUAUAUAGAAUUAAGAUUACUUUUAAGAUUUAUUAAGUAUGAAAUAUGAUAUAAUAAUAAGUACUAUAUUUAUAAGAGAUGGAGAUUAGAUCCUUAAAGAACAAGAAACUUGGAUGUAAGAGUAAAUAUAGUACAUAAUAUACUGAUGAUUACAAUGAUAAAUUUAUGAAAGAUUCCACAUAUAUUAAUAGAUGGAUAUAUGAGAGAGCAAAGCAAACAGCAUCCUUGUUGUAAAAUUCAAGCACAUAUAAUGUACAAAAUCUUUAGUCAUAAACAAGUAACAUUUUGUACCUCAAAGAUUUGAGAAAUCAGAUAAUUUUAAGCCUGAUCAUAUACCUAAUUAGAAUACAAUGUCAUGUUUAUCAUCCUAUACAGCUAAUUAUAGAGAUUGGAAAAAAUAAUAUCAUGGUAUCAUUGGACCAUUUUAUGUAUAAAGUGAUAAAAAGUUACCAUUUAUUGCUGAAACCAAUUAUUCUCGUAAUUUUGUGACUCAGAAAUAUGAGAAACAAGAUCCUAUUAUACCUAAACCUCUGUAUUUUUAAUUAAUGUUUAUAAAUAGAGGACCAUUUCCAGUAGAAUCUCAAUCUUUGGUUCGUCAAACUACUCAUAAGAAUUAAUUCUCGUUACCAUAGAAUUGGAUAGAAAAUUUACCAUUAACUAGUCCUCGAAAUUUAGAGAUUAAAGGUUUUGAUGGAUAUCAUCCUCACUUUAAUAAACAAUAGUAAUCACCAUAAGUGAUGAAUUCGUUUGCUGAUCGAUUCUUUCAUUCUUCAGUUGUAUAGUCAUUGAUGAAAAAGAAUCAGAAACAAAUUAUCAAUUGA